GGUACCUAUCGGCCGGCCCGUGUCGAAGAGCCGCCCAGGUGCUGGUGCAGGAGCUGGAGCAGUACCAGUUGCUGCCGAAGAGGUUGGACUGGGAGGGCAACGAGCACAACAGGAGCUACGAGGAAUUGGUCUUGUCCAAUAAGCAUGUGGCUCCUGAUCAUCUGUUGCAAAUCUGCCAACGCAUUGGUCCCAUGUUGGAUAAAGAAAUUCCACCCAGUAUUUCAAGAGUCACUUCUUUACUUGGUGCAGGAAGGCAGUCUUUGCUACGUACAGCAAAAGACUGCAGGCACACAGGUUUGGAAGGGCUCUGCCUUUGCUGCUCUUCACAGAGGAAGACCUCCAGAAAUUGCAGUGAAUUAUGGUUCCCCACCCAGUCUUGUGGAGAUACAUCGAGGAAAACAACUCACAGGGUGUUCCACUUUUAGCACAGCAUUUCCAGGAACUAUGUAUCAGCAUAUAAAAAUGCACAGAAGGAUUCUCGGACAUCUGUCUGCUGUUUACUGUGUAGCAUUUGAUAGGACAGGACAUAGAAUCUUUACCGGUUCAGAUGAUUGUUUGGUGAAGAUUUGGUCAACACACAAUGGUCGCCUAUUAUCCACAUUAAGAGGUCAUUCUGCAGAAAUUUCAGAUAUGGCAGUAAACUAUGAGAAUACAAUGAUUGCUGCAGGGAGCUGUGAUAAGAUAAUUAGAGUGUGGUGCUUGAGAACUUGUGCCCCAGUUGCUGUGCUCCAAGGACACACGGGGUCAAUCACAUCUUUACAGUUUAGCCCUAUGGCCAAAGGCUCCCAGAGAUACAUGGUCUCUACUGGUGCUGAUGGAACAGUUUGUUUCUGGCAGUGGGACUUAGAAUCCCUGAAAUUCAGUCCACGUCCCCUGAAGUUCACGGAAAAGCCUAGACCAGGUGUUCAGAUGCUUUGUUCUUCUUUUAGUGUUGGUGGUAUGUUUUUAGCCACAGGUAGUACUGAUCAUGUAAUCAGAAUGUAUUUUUUGGGUUUUGAAGCACCUGAAAAAAUCGCAGAACUCGAGAGCCACACUGAUAAAGUUGAUAGUAUCCAGUUUUGUAACAAUGGUGAUCGGUUUUUAAGUGGUAGCAGAGAUGGAACGGCACGGAUUUGGAGAUUUGAGCAGUUGGAGUGGAGAAGCAUUUUAUUGGAUAUGGCAACCCGAGUCUCAGGGGACUUAUCUUUGGAAGAGGAAAGGUUUAUGAAACCCAAAGUAACAAUGAUCGCUUGGAAUCAGAAUGAUAGCAUUGUUGUCACAGCUGUGAAUGAUCAUGUCCUUAAAGUGUGGAAUUCUUACACAGGACAACUGCUUCAUAAUUUGUUGGGACAUGCUGAUGAAGUAUUUGUUUUGGAGACGCAUCCCUUUGAUUCCAGAAUUAUGUUAUCGGCAGGACAUGAUGGCAGCAUAUUUAUAUGGGAUAUUACAAAGGGCACCAAGAUGAAACAUUAUUUUAAUAUGAUUGAAGGACAAGGACAUGGAGCGGUCUUUGACUGUAAGUUUUCACAGGACGGACAGCAUUUUGCCUGCACAGAUUCUCACGGACACCUUCUGAUAUUUGGUUUUGGAUGCAGCAAGCCAUAUGAAAAGAUUCCUGAUCAGAUGUUCUUCCAUACUGAUUAUCGGCCACUGAUUAGAGAUUCUAAUAAUUACGUCUUAGAUGAGCAAACUCAGCAGGCUCCUCACCUUAUGCCUCCACCAUUCUUGGUAGAUGUAGAUGGAAAUCCUCACCCGACUAAGUAUCAGAGAUUAGUACCAGGUCGAGAAAAUUCUGCGGAUGAACAUUUGGUUCCACAGCUAGGCUAUGUGGCAACAAGUGAUGGAGAGGUAAUUGAACAGAUUAUAAGCCUGCAAACCAAUGAUAAUGGUGAACGGAGCCCAGAGUCGAGUGUUCUUGAUGGAAUGAUUAGACAGUUGCAGCAGCAGCAGGAUCAGAGAAUGGGGGCAGAUCAGGAUGCUCUUCCAAGUGGACUUCCAACUGGAGAAGAAACACCCCGAAGAGGUUUUAGAAGACUGAGCUUAGACAUCCAGUCCCCUCCAAAUAUUGGUCUGCGUCGUAGCGGACAAGUUGAAGGUGUUCGUCAGAUGCAUCAGAACGCUCCUCGCAGUCAGAUUGCUACAGAACGUGACUUGCAGGCUUGGAAGCGAAGAGUGGUUGUACCAGAGGUACCACUAGGCAUAUUUAGGAAAUUGGAAGAUUUCAGAAUAGAGAAAGGUGAAGAGGAAAGAAAUCUUUAUAUAAUAGGAAGAAAAAGGAAGACUCUCCAGCUCACACAAAAGUCUGACUCGGUGGUUUUGCUGUCACAGUCUAGGCAGAGGACGUGCAGGCGCAAAUACCCAAAUUACGGUGGAAGAAAUUUUGGCCGGCUUGACUUAUCUUCUGGAAAUGAAUCUUCAAGCUCUAUGAGACAUGAGACUUCCUGUGAUCAGAGUGAAGGCUCUUGUUCUUCUGAAGAGGAAGAAUGGAGGAGUGAUCGAAGAAGUGAGAGUGACAGCGAGAGUUCAAGUGACUCGUCAUCUCGAUAUUCUGAUUGGACCGCUGAUGCAGGCAUCAAUCUGCAGCCACCUCUGCGGACGUCGUCGCGUCGGCGGGUUACCCGCUUUUGCAGUAGUUCAGAGGAUGAAAUGUCUACUGAAAAUUUAUCUCCUCCAAAGCGGAGACGAAAGAGAAAGAAAGAAAAUAAGCCUAAAAAAGAGCAGAGCUUGCAAAGGAUGACUCCGGUGGAGCUUGCAAAUACGGAGCAUUUAUAUGAGUUUCAUCCUCCAGUUUGGAUAACUGACACCACACUUCGAAAGUCUCCUUUUGUUCCUCAAAUGGGUGAUGAGGUAAUAUAUUUUCGACAGGGUCAUGAAGCUUAUAUUGAGGCUGUCAGAAGGAGUAACAUCUAUGAGCUGAAGCCCAACAAGGAGCCGUGGAGAAAAAUGGAUCUCAGGGAUCAAGAAUUGGUCAAAAUAGUUGGAAUACGAUAUGAGGUUGGGCCCCCUACACUCUGUUGCCUCAAACUUGCAUUUAUAGAUCCUGCAACUGGAAGACUAAUGGACAAAUCUUUCUCUAUUAGAUACCAUGAUAUGCCAGAUGUUAUUGACUUUCUUGUAUUGCGUCAAUUUUAUGAUGAAGCAAGACAGAGGAAUUGGCAGUCUUGUGACAGGUUCCGAUCCAUCAUUGAUGAUGCUUGGUGGUUUGGGACAGUGCUAAGUCAAGAGCCAUAUCAGCCACAGUACCCUGAUAGUCAUUUCCAGUGCUACAUCGUUAGGUGGGACAACACUGAAAUUGAAAAACUUAGCCCAUGGGACAUGGAACCAAUUCCUGAUAAUGUUGAUCCGCCUGAAGAAUUAGGAGCUAGUAUUUCUGUCACUUCAGAUGAGCUAGAGAAAUUGCUCUACAAACCACAAGAUGGUGAAUGGGGUCAGAAAUCAAGAGAUGAAGAGUGUGAACGAAUUAUUAGUGGCAUCGAUCAACUUUUGAAUCUUGACAUAGCGGCAGCUUUUGCAGGUCCAGUCGAUCUGUGUACAUACCCCAAGUACUGCACUGUAGUAGCUUAUCCAACUGAUCUUUACACCAUUCGGAUGAGACUUGUUAAUCGAUUUUACAGGAGGCUGUCUGCAUUAGUUUGGGAAGUCAGAUGCAUAGAACACAAUGCCAGGACGUUUAAUGAACCUGAGAGUGUAAUUGCAAGAUCAGCUAAGAAGAUAACUGACCAACUUUUAAAAUUUAUAAAGAAUCAAGACUGUACAAAUAUCUCAGAACUUUCUAACACUUCUGAAAAUGAUGAGCAAAAUGCUGAGGAUUUGGAUGAUAGUGAUCUUCCUAAAACAUCUUCUGGAAGGAGAGUCCGUGAUUGGAAAAAAAGGAGCAUCAAAGCGACCAACUAUGUUGAAAGUAACUGGAAGAAACAGUGUAAGGAACUAGUGAACUUAAUUUUUCAGUGUGAAGAUUCUGAACCAUUUAGACAACCUGUUGAUUUGGUUGAAUAUCCAGACUACCGAGAUAUUAUAGAUACUCCAAUGGAUUUUGGAACAGUAAGGGAAACUUUAGAAGCAGGAAAUUAUGACAGCCCUUUGGAAUUUUGCAAAGACAUCCGGUUGAUAUUUAGCAAUGCAAAAGCGUAUACACCAAACAAAAGAUCAAAGAUUUACAGUAUGACCUUGAGAUUGUCUGCUUUAUUUGAAGAAAAAAUGAAGAAAAUCUCCUCUGAUUUUAAAAUUGGUCAAAAGUUCAAUGAAAAACUUCGAAGAAGCCAGAGGUUCAAGAGACGGCAAAAUUGUAACCGUGUCAAUCAGGCUAACAAAAGUAUCAGAAAUAUCAAGCAGAAGCGGUUAAAAUCUCAGACAAAAGUAAUUCCUGAAUUGGUAGGUUCUCCUACCCAGUCUACCUCCGGUAGGGCCGCUUACUCUGUGAGCCACAGGACAAGUGCUAGUGUCUCUUCAGGGGUGACGUCUGGUGACUCCUCGGAUUCAACAGGAUCGUCAGAAAGAAGGAGAAGUAGGCCUGUCACUCUGCAUGAUGGCUCCACGUUAUCUGAAAGUGAAAUGGAAGAUUCCUUAGGUACCUCUUCAUCUUCAGCUUCAGAUAGUUCAGAGGAAAGCAAAGAGAGUUCAAGACCGCGUGAAGCCUCCUUACGUAGUGGGCUGGCCAGAAGCAGUAGUCUCAGGGUGACCAGAACCAGAGCUGCUCAGAGGAAAAGUGGUCCAGUUUCUUUAGAGAAUGGGUGUGGCAGGAAAGCCACUCGAAAGAGAGUCUAUUUAAGUGACUCUGAUAAUAAUUCAGUGGAGACCCAUGAAAGUCUAAAAGCCAGGGCUGGAAAUAACCGAAAAGUGCUACGAAAGUGUGCUGCCGUGGCUGCUAAUAAGAUAAAGCUCAUGAGUGACGUAGAGGAGAACUCUAGCUCUGAAAGUGUCUGUUCUGGCCGUAAGCUGCCUCACCGUAAUGCUUCUGCUGUGGCUAGAAAAAAAUUAUUACAUAAUUCUGAAGAUGAUCAGAGCUUAAAGUCUGAAAUUGAAGAAGAGGAACUAAAAGACCGAAAUCAGCCAUUACCACUGUCUAGUUCUCAUGCUGCCCAGAAUACUGUGAAUGAGUCUGAAAAUGGGGAUUCAGAGUCAGAAAGUGAUUUGCGAGUAGCCCGCAAAAAUUGGCAUGCCAAUGGGUAUAAGUCGCAUGCUCCAGCAACUUCUAAAACUAAAUUUCUGAAAAUAGAGUCUUCUGACGAAGACUCUAAAAGUCAUGAUUCCGAUAAUGUACAUAACAGAACUGCUGGUCCGUCCACAUCUGGGCAGAAACUUAAGGCAGAGAGCGUCUCAGAGGAAGAGGAAGAAGCAGAUUCUGAACCAAGAAAGUAUGCCGGUAGGAAAUACAACACAGGUCGCAAGAAUCUUACUUUCCUUAAAAAAGCAAAGAUCUUCAGUGAUUCAGAGGACUCGGAAUCUGAAGAGCAAGAUCGAGAAGGUGGCAGCUACCACAGAAUGGAAACGAACCUGGUCAGAGGGGGUUCGAAGUGUGAACCCGCUGCCGGGUCCCAGUGUUUCUCAGAUCAUGUAUCUGAGACUGAUUUGGAUUCAGAUGAUGACAAUACAAAAGAAAAACCAAACAAUUUUAUGAAAGAUUCCGCGUCACAGGACCAUGGACAAAGCAGGAAAGUUUCCAGGAAAAGGGUCUGUUCCAGUGACUCAGACAGCAAUUCGAAGGUGGCUAAGAAGGCCUCAAAAGCCAAAACGGGUCUCCUCAGGACUCCGCGAAGACGGGCGACGGCCGCCGCCAGUAAGACCAAGCCCGGGAGUGGCGCGGAGGACGUCGGCUUAGACGGCGCGGGCCGCAGAACCAGAAACGGACGGAGAAAGCCCCUCCCGGCCGCGCGUGCCCCCGCUGGGAAGACGGCGAGCGAGUCUGAGGGCGACGGCGGCCCGGGAGUGCCGAGCGAGCGGCGCGCCGGCGACUCGGAGGGCCGCGCGGGCAGCGUCGGUCCGUCUGCGCACGGAGACUCGGGCUCCGAAGGGCUGCCGAGCCCCGAGCCCAGGAGCAGGCACGCCGGGAGGCACGGAGCGGACGGUGCGCCUUCGCACGCCGGGAGUUGCUCGGUUGGGGCUUCAGAGGAGCCGUCGCAAAGCCAUGUUCCCGGAGCUGAGGCGGGCCAACAGUGCUCCCCGGAGGCCGCUCUGGUGCAGAAGGCGAGCGCCGAGAACGCCUUUGAGGACGACCUGAACUACGGGCUGCGCAGGUGGAACGGCCGGAGGCUCCGGACCUACGGGAAGGCGCCGUUCAGCACGACCAAGGCGCUGCGGGCGUCGCAGGCGGCGGCCGAGGCCGACGCCAAGAGGAAGAGGCUUCGGCCCGAGCCCGAGAGCCGGCCGGCGGCUGGGCCCGGAGGCGCGUCCGAGCCGGGGGCCGGCGCCGGCCCCAGAUCCGACUCCGAGUUGGCGUCUGUGACGGAAUCCGACGUGGACUGUGCCGAUGACGCGAAAACCAAAAAGAGGAAAACGAGAGGAAAAGCAAAAGCGGUGAGAAAAGGUAAAGCUUGUGCAGCUGCCGCAUCUAGAGGCGCGAGGCGGCGGAGACAGAGCAAACGGCCUAGGCUGAGUGUGGACGAUAACGACUGGGAGGACUUGGACUAUGCAAAAUCGAAAAGAGGUCUUCGACGUUCAAAAAUCAAAACGAGAAAUCAGGGCAGAAGGACCGUGAGAUACCACGAUGGGGAUGAUGACAGAAGCUUAGAAAAUGUGUUGGAUUUUGAUGAUUGCACCUUAUGACCUUGACAGAAAGCCAGUUCAUUGAAGGAGGAAAUGGACUGGAAUUUAUGGUGAAAGUUGGCUGUUGAAAUUAUUUUUUGUCCUACAAUUCAGGGAAUAUAUUUAUAUUUUUCUAUGAAAAGUUAUGAAUGUGACUAAAUCAUGACUGUUAUCUUUAUUUGCACUUGCUUGCCUUUGUAGCAGCGCUCAGCACAGGUGCCAAAAUAUGCUUCAUUUUGGGGGCAGAUCUACUUUGACAGUAUUUAACUACAGAUAGCAAGAAUUUGAAAUCUGUUCAACACUAGACAUCCUGGUUAUCAAAACCGACAAGCAUUACUUUCAUGGUAGCAAGUGUCACGCAGUUACUUUCUGACCGCGUCAAGAGGUGGUAGUUUCUAACCCCUGUCCUGUUGUAGUCGAACAGUUUCACGUGGCCUAUGUUUACAGAUUCUUCCUACAUAUUAUGUGCAUACUGACACUAUAAUCAUGGGAGGUGUAACCAUGAUUAGUAGGCGAGGUACCUACCACUCCCCCCCCCCCCCCUCCCCUUUCCCUGGCUACUUGAGCAGAAUGCAUUAUACCAGAUUUGGUCAUUUUCAUUGAAAUGGUUUCUUUCCAAAUGUUGUUGGGUCUUUUCUCUCUUUUUCUUUAUUUUUAAGGAAAACGUCAUCACUUUUAUUUUAUAAACUUGAAUUUAUAAAGUGCUGGUAAAUUAUUUUUUAAAAUGUUUUGAUUGUAUAUUUUAAACCUCUAAGGCCCAGACCAUAGUCCUAGCAUUUUCUUUUCAAUUGUGCACUAACAGAAUGCUAUAUAAUUUGUCUUUUCAAGAUCUCCUGGUUUCUAUGUAAGGGAUUUAACCAAAAUCUUGGUCUUCCAUAGUCUUACUCUGUGAAAUAGAGGAGUUUGUGUGCCUUAGAUUUAGGAAAAGUGUGUUCUUUAAUAGAGUGUACAGGGCCAAGAGAGUAUUUAAAUUAUAUGUAGUUUCCCCUCCUUUCCACUGAGAUUGUAGAGUUGUUUUGUUAAGAGUGCAAUCGCAAAUCUCAUCUAUAUAGGAAAACAGUUAAACGUCAUUCUCUGUCUCUUUGUUUUAACUUACUGCUGCCAUGUGCAAUCCCAGGCGUUCUUUGUGGGGGCAACUAAGUGUAUCUUUACUAGUGACCUCUAGUUUAAAGCUAAGAAACUGUCAUGUGUUGUGGGAAAAUAAUUUUGAAAUCCAUUUAAAGUGAAACUUCUCUAUCACAUCAUCAAAUACAUCAAAUAAGUAUACUUAUUUUCGAGCCAAAUACUUUUGCUUGAUAGGUUGUGCUACUCCAUACAGUGUAGGUGGCCAUUCCUAGCUUGUUUGUGCCUGAAGAUGGACUUGAUUCAAAUGGUUUACAUAUUUUGUAGCGAAGGAGUAUGUUAGAGUACUCCCACCUUUGUUAUUUAUUGGCCCUGUGUUUGGUUCCAGACAAAAUUAACCUUUUUCUCCUGUGUAUCCUAAAGGUGGCAGGUAUGGAAAAGCAUCAGACUCUGGUGUCAGUGUUAAGAGAAUGUUCUUAAGUGUUGUUACUUUUCAGUUAUUUGUUCCAUUCGACAUGGUAGAAGGUACUUUGAUGUAAGGGGAAGGAUAUUUUUGGACAUUACCAAUUGCGAUAGGUGGGAUAGACCUACCCGUCCUUUGUUGUUGAGAGAGCUGCGAUUACUUCAAAACUAUGAAGCUCUUCUUAUUAGAGUUCAUGUUGAGUAUAUGGUAGAGAGAGUGAUUCAGGAGAAUUGGCCUUGAUUCUUGACCUGAAAACAUUAAUGGAAUGUUCUUUACUUCCCUAGUUUUAAGCAACGGUGAUAGAUGUCCUAUCCAUUAAUUUAUUUAAACUCUUCUAAAGCUUCUCAGUUUUAUAUCUAUUCUCAGGGUUAUAACUCCAUGUUUACCAUCAUCUGCAAAAAGGUACCAAAAAAAUCCAUAAAUACAAAUAUAGAGUAUGUUCAUAAAUACAUAAAUUCUUUUGGUAGAAUGAGACUUUGAUCAUUAGCCUUCAUCAGUAGAACUAUUCUUAUCUUUUGGACUGAAUUAACUGGUCAUAGAUUGGCUGGUCAACCAAUUACUAAUUUUUCUUUUUGUCCAAAACUGUUAGACCUUUGUGUAUAGAAAGCAGUAUUUUGGUUUCACCUGGAAAAAAAAAAGCAAACCAAGAAUUUGGCCUCAUGACUUUGAAGAUGUGGUUGACAAUGGUAGCUUCUCAAGUUCUGAAGUAAAACUAAGGGAUUAUAGUGAGAAUCACUUUUAUGGGUUUUUUUGGUCAUGGUGCUAUUCCUAAGGUUAACUUUGAAUAUGUGACACACACUCCUAAGUACUUUAAGGAAAAUUAAUAAAUAAUUAAUAGUUCAAAAUGUUUACAUUGAGCACUAGAACAUGUUUGACUUUUUUUCUACUUUAUGCGAAAUGCGCAGGGAUUUAAUGCACGGAUGUACUUUAAUGUGUUUGGGAUCAGUUUGUAUUUACUUGUGAAAAAAGACAAAAGCUUGCAGACUGAAUGUGAACUGAUCCGGAAGUAAGUGCUGUAGUUUUUCAUUGCACUUGAAGUCACUUAAUGGUGUAUAUGAACAACAACAAAAACUGCUGUGGUUGUGUAUGUCCAGGGUCCUAUGAUUUUAUUCACUUAUGGUUGAAAAAAAGGGCUGAGGUAUUUAGAUUUGAGUUUUGAUUCCUUUGAAAGACUACUAAGAAAAAAGAUGUCAAACACUUAAGAAAUAGGUGAGGUUUAAAAACUUUUUUUUUAAAAAAUCAGACUUACUUUAAAAGGUAUACCAACAAUGUGUAGUAACUUCUAAAUAAAAGGGAAAGUGUAUCCCAUUUUCAGAUAAUUCUUAGGGUGGUCAUUCUCCCUUUUUUAUUUUAGGGGAAAAUCUCUGAUUACAUUCAUUCUCAAUUUAGUAAUUAUUUGGAAAGAAUGAUAAAGCAUUUACUCACAGCUUCUAAGUUACAACACAAAAGUUUCUUUUAAAUAGUACAUGAAAAUGGGGAGAAAGAACUUAUGUUUGGGGAAAAGGCACUUCAAAACCUAGAAUUGCAAAUGAGAAGGUAUGAAGCCAAUAAAAAUGCCAUCUUGAAGGUAUUAUCGUCCAAAAGUAAGAAUAAGACUUGUCACUAAAUCUUCACACUCCAUUGGUUGCUGACGUGUUAGAUAAGAGUUCUUAGAACUGCCUUGGGUUCAUACUACAUUCCCUGCCCUUCUAGCCUUUUUUUUUCUUUAGAAUAAUCAGAACACAAUUUGUUAAUUUCAUUGUAUCGUUUUAAAAACUACAUUGAAAGGACUUCAAUCUCUCAUCAGUGCACAUUGAAUUUGAUUGUGCCACCUGAGAAAAAUGAGGUUUGUGUAUCACUAGAAUGCAAGAACGUUGUUCACAGUGCUUACAGUAUUUUUGGUUUUUCCUUUCUACUCAAUCGCGUUGGUUUUUUUGAGUAACUUCUAAAUGGCUAGAACAGGUCUGUUUGCCUUGCCCUUUAUAGCUGAAAUACCAGCUCCAUCCUUUUCAUCCAUGUUAAGUCAGCAUAUAUCCUUGAUUCGGCAUCUUGGAGUAGUCCACAAACACUUCAGUGUCUUAUGUUGUAUGGAAAUUGUAGUUGAGUUAUUUUCUGGUGUGAUGUAGUCCCCCUCCCUGCGGGAGAACUCUCCGUUAUUAUGUAAGUCCAUCUCUCAACUCCUGCUGUGGAUAACAGGAUGGAAUAAAGGAGAAACCUUAAGAAAUUUGCAACGUCACUGUUUAAAGACUGUCUCUGAUUCUAGUAUUUGGGAACAAAGACCAAACCAAGUAAAAUUGUCAACGCUAGGGAGAAAAUGGAACAUUGUGGAAAAAUCUAGUCCAACUAGAUUAGUAAGUGCUAAUACCACUUGGUAGCUCAAAAGUUGUGAAUGAAUGGAGAUUAAAGUGUAAAGACCUUAAUGGUGAGGGCUGUGUUGUCUUUUCUCACUUCUUAAUUGAGGUUUUUGUAGCUGUUUUCUUAAAUUAUAGAUGUUGCCAAACAGUAUGUGGGGAUUCUCAAAAUUGGGAGGUUUUUACUAGUCACUAAUAAUCUGCCAAGCUAGUUCCUUAAUACACUGUGAAUUUGGUGGGAAAAUAUCAAGACUUUUACUUGGUGUCUCCUUAAGGAUUGCUUGUAUGGACCUGAUGUAGGGAGUUUGGAUGGAGGACAGUUAAAACAUUGGGGUCUUACAAAUCUGCAGGCUCUGUCUCUGGCAUCAUGUAAGUAACUGUAGAAUAUGUAUCUAUUUGUCCGACCAACUGACCGUUUCAUUGAAUUUAAUUACCAGUGUUUGAGCAUAUUUUCUGGUCAUGCUUUAGUUUUUAAGGUAAGUUUUGUCAUUUAUGAAAACCUUGAAUGGGAUUCUGACUGACCUAAGUGAAACAAGACAACCAGUUACAGUUUGCCUGGACUGCAGCAGCCGGCCUGGCCUACAGGAGUAGUAUUUAGAAGUUACUGCAUUUUUUGAUCAGUAGUUACAUCUUGAAACAAUCUCAUUUUUAAUAUUCUGAAGGUAAUUUUCGAAGUGUCGAUCCAUACUUAGUCCUCGGGUAUGCACACAUUCAGUUCACCUGUGAAAUUCUGACCAUUUCACUGGAGCCGGAUGAAAAAAAUCUCUGGUUUUUCACUCCCACACAAGAUCUCUCAAACUUUUCUAAAUUAACUCAUUACCACAGCUCAUGACUCAGUUGUCAUCUAGGAACCAGUUUUCUUUACCUUUUUUAAAGUCAAUUACUAACUAAAAGAGUAUAAUAAAUUUAAUGUUAUCUUAACAUCUUAAACAACUUCAAGCCUUCUAGCUGAUUAAUUCUAUAAGGUCUGCAGUGGGCAGUCAAUUUCCCUUGCAACUCAUCUUUACUCUUAAACAGCUCUAUUUUCUCUCUCAAACCUCUGUCCACUUGUGAUUGCUUUCUCAGGCAGAAAGCAGGGCCACCCUGUCAUAUGGGCUGGGGGGGUGGGGAGAGGAGGGAGUUGAAAGAUGGGCCCUAAAGGGGUUGUCCUUGGAUUGUCUGUGCCCUGCUGCUUUUCAUUAGGGAAGUAAUAAAGUAGAUUGAAAACCAGGGUUGAUGCCUGAUAGCUUAUCCUGCCCAACAGUUUAAAAUGCUCUGACAUCUCUUGGGGUGCCUGGGUGGCUCAGUGGGUUAAGCCUCUGCCUUCGGCUCAGGUCAUGAUCUCAGGGUCCUGGGAUCGAGCCCCACAUCGGGGGGCUUGGCAGGGAGCCUGCUUCCCUACCCCCUCUCUGCCUGCCUCUCUGCCUACUUGUGAUCUUUCUCUCUGUCAAAGUUUUUAAAAAAUGCUCUGAGAUCUCUUACAAGAAGUUCAUUAAAUCCAGAAACCAGUAUUGCACUGUAUGUCAACAAAAAUUUAAAGUUAAAAACUUCAUCAGACAGGUACAGGAUCCCUGAAUUGAUAGUUCACAGAGCUUUUAUCAGAUUUUUAGGGGUGAAAAAACGGCAGUAGCUAUCACAAGUCUUUGAGAAUCGUGGCUGUUAACAAUUAACUUUUCUGGGGAUGUGAGAAAGCCAUAGAGUGAUGAGCUACCUUAGCCAUCAGAGCCAAACAGAAUUCUGUGGUGCUCAUCAUGGAGUGUGUUGAAGACUUGAUAGAUGAAUUUAAGUUCAUCUGUUCAACUGUAAAAGGGACCAAGCUAGUGAAGAACAGCUCUUGAUUCUGGAAUUAUUUCUGACAAUCUCCUGACCUGAUGUGGCCAUACUGUAGAAGCUGACUUUGCAGUGUUACCAGCUCCCCCAGAAAACAGGAAAAUGCUCAGCUCAGGGAGUUAGAGAAAACCUGUAAAGACACUUUCCAGUGUAUGGGGUCUUUUUUGGAAACCUGUGCUUUGGGAGGGAUGAAUAUCCAUGAUGAAUGCUGUUUGCGCCCUGAGAUUUUGAUCAUUUCAUUGCUUUUCAGUGAAGGGCAGACAAGGAAUUUUUUUUUUUUUAAGAUUUUUAAAAUUUAUUUGACAGAUCACAAGUAGGCAGAGAGGCAGGCAGGGGGAAGGGGAAGCAGGCUCUCCACUGAGCAGAGAGCCCAAUGUGGGGCUCAAUCCCAGGACCCCAAGAUCACGACGUGAGCCAAAGGCGGAGGCUUAAACCACUGAGCCACCCAGACGCCCCAAAGGGCAGACAAGGAAGAAGGCAUCUCAAACUAGCUCUGGUGAAAUCCUUGCUCGAGAGAGGUUACAUUGAUUUGCAAACAAGAUUUCCGCUCUGGAUUUACCACCGGCCACAACAACCAGUAAUGUCCAGUACUUCAAAAAGAUGUGAAAUAGGCUAGUACAUGUUCAUUCUGAUUCGGACAUGCUUUCAUCUUUUUCCCAUUUUCAGAUUUGUUUUUAAUAUUCCACAAUUAAAAUGCUGAUGAGAUUAAAAAUUUUCAUGCUUCUACAGCAAUGAUGUGAAGUUUAUUUUGGAUCUAGGAAAACAGUUUUGCAUUAAGUAUCAUAAUUGGAAUAUGACUAGUCCUUAAAAUAGAGCUAAUUGCUUUGAAUCAAAAGUAUAAUGUCUACAUCCAAAUUUCUAUUCACCACAGACCAUCUUAGAACACACAGUGAUACAAUUUAAAGUGGUCAUAUAGGUGAACUGUGAUGGGGUGCUAUUACAGAUGUAAAUUUUUACUCUGUGGAUGAGGUUUUUGCCAUAUCCAAAUAGGGAAUCAUUUAUAGGAAAGCAGCAAUCGCUCAAGCUCUCAGUGGCUCCUCCAAAUCACCUGACCAAGACCAUCUGGGACAGGAGGACUUGGGGAUUGCACUGACUGGUUAGUAUUAAGUGACACAAUCACAAAUGUAUUGUUAGAGCAGUGUCCUCCAAAAGUUAUAAGCUUGUACCCUAACAUAUAAAUUGGACUUCUCUCUAGCUCUGAAUGAUCCUGUAUAUAUUUCUAAAAACUGUUUGUAGUUUUCUCAAGGCGAAUAAAGCACUUUAUAAUUUACCAAAUUCUUAGUAAUAAAAUUAACACUGACUUACAUGUAUGCUUUUUUUUUAGUUUCCCACACUGUCACUCUUCUGUCUUAGAGUGCUUUUAUCUUUAUUCUGUGACCUUCCCAUUUUAGGUCUAAGACUAGAGUUACAGCUUCAUCAAGUUGGAGUGGCUGUACACAGUAGAAUUGACUCGGUUAUCCCUCCCUCCCCCCAUAGUUACAUAUUUGAAGUGCAGCUUUUCUUAAAGCACUUUUAAAAACCUACUUAGAGUUUCUUUUGUAGAAUCUUAACUGUUUUCCCUUAUUUUGGAUUACAAGUAUCCAUUUGUUAAAUGAGCUCAUAUUUACUGGGCUCCUAAAUUGCAUCAGUACAUCAAAAAGGAAUUAGUUGCUGUCACUUAAGUCCUUUUGUCCCACAGAAGUGGUUGGUGUGCUAGGAUUUUAUCUAUACUAUCAGAUGGCUAUAUUGUUGGGAGUGAACUGGCUAUCUACUUUUGAUGUGGUGUCAACAUGCAAAUGGAAGUAGUUGAGCGAUGCUGGUUGCUGUCAUCUGUGUAGGUCAGAUUUAACCUUCAUUUUGUUAUCUGUUUAUAAGAGCGUUUGUCUGUUGUAGCAUACCAAUUCACAUACUAGUAUUUGCCUAACAUUGAUUUUAUGUGCUGAAGAUUGACUUUGGACCUAGGGUUGCUUUGCAGAGACAUUAGUUGGUAAUUUUAAACAUUCCUGAGAAAAGGCCCUUCGUAGUGAAAACGCGAGCUUUCUCAUGGUCUCUGCUGCUUGUGUGAGUGACCGCACAAAGCCCAGCCAGGCAGGGGAGGCUGUGCUGCCCAGGAGUCUGAGGAUGAACUCAGCAGUGAAAAGGCCAUUUUUGCAAUGCCUGGGGACGUAGAAUGAACAAAACAAGUUACCUUUAGAAAUAGAACUUCACUGGAAAAGUAUAGAAGUCCCAUAGUUGGCAAAAGGGACUGAUGCAUUUUUGGGGUUGCUUUUAGUACAGGAGUUCUAACCAGGCUGGGUCUUGGAGAAAGCGCAAGCACAUUUUGAAGUGAGUUUCACAGACUGAGGGUAAAAUCGGAAGGGCUUUCCUUUUGAGAGCAGAAGACUUCCUCAGUUCUCACUCUUAAUGAACAUAUCAAUCAAUAGUAGCCCAUUUUCACCUGUACUCAUUUGUGCUAGGUGACAGAAGGGCAAACCUCUCUGUUCAUAAAGGAAAAACUAGAAAGGUUGUUGAUCGUUGGGAGUUUCACUGCAGUAGAAUGAAUAGCAUUACUUGAGAGCUGGCAAAAUGAGUCCUUAUUUUCUCAUCCUUAGUGGUGAAAAGGAUAGAGUGGGAGAGCGCAGAUGUGGACUCUGGCGUUUCGGUGGUCUCUAGCCUGUUUUUACCAACUGCUGAAUGUCUGCAAAUGAGGUGGGGUCCCCAAACUCACCCCCCAGCAAGGCUUGUGUACCUUUAAAACAGUUUUAGAUAGCUUGAUUUAAUGGCUGCAAGGCUAGAGUGCCAACAGAUAAAACCUAACCCUCAGCGGCUGAAGUUCAGGUGCAUUUUUAUCAAGAAAUACAGAUUUUGCCUGCUCUCUGAAAGUAAGGCAUUCCUGUGAAAGCUUUCAUAAGCCCAAAUAUGGGAUAAAACAAAGAUGCAGCUACCAUUAAUAUAGAUGGAAAAAAUUGAAGGCAUUUGCAGACUCUGAAAAAUCACCUCUCAGGCUUCUCUGGUAUCUUAGGACAUGGCUUACUAACGGAUGCACAAAAUGAGUGUAGCUCAAGCCCAGGUGCUCAGACAGUACAAGAGCUCGGGCAGCAGCGGGAGGAGCUUGGUGGGCCCCUCUUCUGGCUCAAGGUGUUUGCUGCCUCUCUAGAGGCUCUCAGCAAAACCAACACCAAACGCUGUUUGCGCUUUUGGCCCCAAACUUUUUUUUUUUUUUUUUUUUUUUUUUAAAGACUUUAUUAGAGGCCACAAGCAGGGGGAGCGGCAGGCAGAGGGAGAAGAAGCAGGCUCUGUGCUGAGCAGGGGGAGCCUGAGCCAAAGGCAGAUAGAUGCUUAACUGACUGAGCCACACAGGUGCCCUUUUUUUUUUUUUUUUUUUAAAUAAAAGUGAGAUCCUCUUUGAUUUCUUUUGGUUAGCAAAAUCAGGUAGAUCUUUUGUAAAAAACGAAGUGGCAUGAUGUGAACUUUC